AUGUGGGCUUCGAUCAGAGUGUUGGUGUUAAUGGUGGUGGUGGCGGCUUUUGCAGAGCUGGGUAUUGCGGCGGACGCUUCCUCGACGACAUCGACUUCGGCAUACACGGAGGCCCUUUCACAGUUGCCGACUUGCGCUUUGAAAUGUCUUAUUGCGGCGGUCGGCGAAUCAUCAUGUUCAGCAACAGACGUAGCAUGCCAAUGUACAGACGCAGAGUUCGUCUCAACCGCCGAGUUGUGCGUCAUGAUGUCAUGUACCAUUGAGGAAUCGCUCGUUGCCAAGAACACCACGCAGACCAUGUGCGGUGCGCCUAUUCGCGACAAGUCGACAGAGUACACGGUGGUGACCACGGUGCUCAUGUCCCUGGCCUGCAUCUUUGUGCUCGUGCGCCUGGGGUAUCGCCAGUUCUUCACGGCGACCGACCUCGGCCUCGACGACUGGUUCAUCCUCCUGACGCUGCUCAACUGCGUGCCCUCGGCCGUCAUCAACGUGUCCAUGCUGUCCAACUAUGGCCUCGGCAAGGAUAUCUGGACGCUGACCCCCGACGAGAUCACCAGUUUUGCCCGCGGCUUCUUCAUUAUUACUCUGCUGUACUUUUCCGAGGUUUUUGUACUGAAAUUGUCCAUGUUGUUUUUCUAUCUGCGAAUCUUUCCCAGCAGAAGCGUCCGGCGUGUCGUCCUCGGCGCCGUGGCCUUUGACAUUCUCUUUGGCGUCGCCUUCAUUAUCACGGCGCUGCUGCAGUGUCGCCCAAUCAGCUACAACUGGACCAACUGGCGUGGAGAGGGCGGCGGCCAGUGUAUCGACAUCAGUGCCGUGGCCUGGGCCAACGCUGCCGUGAGCAUUGCCCUGGAUUUGUUCAUGUUGGGCAUACCCCUUUCGCAGCUGCGUCAACUCAACCUCCACUGGAAGAAGAAGGUUGGCGUCGCCCUGAUGUUUUGCGUUGGAACUUUCGUCACGAUUGUCAGCAUCAUCCGUCUGGCCUCGCUCGUCGAGUUCCGUGAGUCGACAAACCUGACCUGGGACUACUUUGGCGUGGCCUUGUGGUCGACGGUCGAAAUCACCGUGGGCAUCAUCUGCGCGUGCAUGCCGGCGAUCCGGCUGAUCCUGGUGCGCAUCGCCCCCAAGGUCUUUGACGUGACCCUGGUGCGGCGGUCCAAGUACUACUACGGCAACCGCAAGUCCAAGAACAUUACGGCGUCGCAGGCGGCGCGGUGGAGGGCCAGCACGGCCUGGGACCCCAAGCUGUCCCAGCCCAGCACCGACGCCUCCAAGUCGGCCGCCUCGCGCAACUCGUGGAUGCCGCCCAGCGUGCGCCACAGCUGGCGCGUCAGCCGCGGCGACCGCAUCAUGGCCGACGGCAUCCUCUUCUCCCGCGUGGCGCCGCCGCAGGAGCAGCACCUCGACGAGGUUGACGAGGACGACCAGAACCGUCUGGUGGCUUUGGAGGCUAUUGGGCCCACCAAGCCGCAUUCCGUGGUCCUCAUCUCUGGAGGUGUCCGGUCGCCGAUUCACAGCUCGCGUGGCCACUCGCCCGACCUAGACGGACCCGCGCAUGCGCUGUAA